CGGCGGCUCUUUCCAUCGCCAGCCGCGGGCCGGGCCGGGAUCGGGAUCGGGAUCGGGGCCGCCGCGCAGCAGCCAUGAGCGCCCGGGCCACCUCGUACCGCCGCGUCUUCGGGCCGCCGCCGCUGCUCUCGCCCGGCUCGGGCUCGGGCUCCUCCGCCUCGUCCCGCCUGGCCGCCGCGCGCCUGCUGGGCUCGCCGGGCCCUGCGCGCUCCGCGCAGUGGGCGCGCGGCUCGUUGCGCGCCGCGCAGCCGGCCCGCCUGGCCCCGGGCGCCGCGCGGCUGGACUGGGCGCUGGCCGAGGCGCUGAACCGCGAGUUCCUGGCCACGCGCGGCAGCGAGAAGGCGGCGCUGCAGGAGCUCAACGACCGCUUCGCCGGCUUCAUCGAGAGGGUGCGCGCCCUGGAGGCGCACAACGCGGCGCUGCGCGCCCAGCUGGGCCAGGCGCAGGCCCGCGAGCCCGCGCGCGCCGCCGACCUGUGCCAGGGCGAGCUGCGCGACCUGCGGCGCCAGCUGGAGCAGCUGGGCCAGGAGCGGGACCGCGCGCAGGUGGAGCGGGACAACCUGGCCGAGGACCUGGCCGCGCUCAAGCAGAGGCUGGAGGAGGAGAUACACAGGCGUGAGGAUGCAGAGAACAACCUGGUGCUGUUCCGGAAGGAUGUGGACGACGCCACCCUCUCCCGCCUGGAGCUGGAACGCAAGAUCGAGUCGCUGAUGGAUGAGAUAGAGUUCCUGAAGAAGUUGCACGAGGAGGAGCUGCGUGACAUGCAGGUGAGCAUUCACAGUCAGCAGGUGCAGGUGGAGAUGGAGCCGGUCAAGCCAGACCUGACGGCCGCGCUGCGCGACAUCCGCACCCAGUACGAGAGCAUCGCGGUGAAGAACCUGCAGGAGGCUGAGGAGUGGUACAAGUCCAAGUUUGCUGACCUGUCGGACGCAGCCAACCGGAACCACGAGGCGCUGCGCCAGGCCAAGCAUGAGAUGAACGAGUCCCGGAGGCAGAUCCAGAGCCUGACCUGCGAGGUGGAUGGGCUGAAGGGAACCAACGAGGCACUGCUGCGCCAGAUGCAGCAGCUGGAGGACCAGUACGGGGCGGAGGUCGGCAGUUACCAGGACACGGUGGGGCGGCUGGAGCAGGAGAUCCAGCACCUGAAGGAGGAGAUGGCGCGGCACCUGCGCGAGUACCAGGACCUGCUCAAUGUCAAGAUGGCGCUGGACAUUGAGAUCGCCACCUACCGCAAGCUGCUGGAGGGCGAGGAGAACAGGAUCACGAUCCCCAUCCACUCGCUGGCCUCCCUCAGCAUGAAAACUUCAGUGCCUGAGCCGGAGCAGACCAUGGAGAGCCACACCAGGAAAAUGGUUCUGAUCAAAACCAUUGAGACCCAGAAUGGAGAGGUGGUGACUGAGUCGAGGAAGGAGCAGAGAAGCGAGCUGGACAAAUGAUCCCGGCACCAGGCCUCUGCCCUGGACCGAGGCGAUGGCGUGGAACUGACAUGCAGAAGCCACUGCGAGACCCCUGCUGCAGCCCCCCACCUGCUCCCAGCCACACUGGCCUUAUUACUACUGAUACCUCUGACAGCCCUGCUGCACUGCCCCCAUCCUCCCUGCCCUCGUAGUGCACCCGGAGGGGUGAGCACAGCAAUACCCCCUCAAAGCCCAUGGGCAGGGGCUCUCGCAGGGAAAGGAGUGAGGGGGUCCUGCCUCCUGCUCCCCCACACCUUUGCCCCUCUCACCACAUGCUGUUUCCUCUGUCCCACCCCUGUACUGGCCCUUGGAUCUGACCUGGCUGCUUUUCUGCUCCAGCUCUGCCUUGGGGAGGCAACUGACCUUCCCAGACUAGAUCUUCUGAGCUGGUAGAGCAGGAUUAGGGUGACCCACCAGCAAGUGUA